AUGAAGCAGCAUCGACCCCAAACGAGAUACAACAGUUUGGGGUACAACAACCAUAAUCACAACUAUCCUGUUAAAACACUUUCACUGUUGAGAAAAGAUCUAGGCAUUGUGAUAAACCAAUCACUGAAGGCGGCACAACAAGUGGAGGCAGCAAUGAAAAAAGAUAACCAAGAUUUAAGAAUUAUAAGUCGUACCUUCAAAUAUAAAGCUAAGAAAAGGCUCCUUCAACCUUAUAAGUAUCACUGUGAGGAACAAACCAUCAGGCAGCAACGGGAACAAAGAGUCAGGCAACAGCAGGAACAAACCAUCAGGCAGCAGCAGGAACAAAGAGCCAGGCAGCAGCAGGAACAAACCAUCAGGCAGCAACGGGAACAAAGAGUCAGGCAGCAGCAGGAACAAACCAUCAGGCAACAGCAGGAACAAAGGAGAAACAGGCAGCAGCAGAACAACAAACCAUCAGGCAGCAACGGAACAAAGAGUCAGGCAGCAGCAGGAACAAACCUCAGGCAGCAGCAGGAACAAACAUCAGGCAGCAACAGAACAAAGCAUCAGGCAGCAAGAACAAAGAGUCAGGCAGCAACAGGAACAAAGAGUCAGGCAGCAGGAACAAAGAGUCAGGCAGCAGUCAGGCAGCAGCAGGAACAAACCAUCAGGCACAACGGGAACAAAAGAGUCAGGGGCAGCAGGAACAAAAGCAUAGGCAACAACAGGAACAAAGCAUCAGGCACAACAAGACAAAGCAUCAGGCAGCAACAGGAACAAAGCAUCAGGCAGCAGGAACAAAGCAUCAGGCAGCAACAGGAACAAAGCAUCAGGCAGCAACAGGAACAACAAAGCAUCAGGCAACAACAGGAACAAAAGCAUGGGCAGCAACAGGAACAAAGCAUCAGGCAGCAACAGGAACAAACAUCGGUCAACAACAGGAACAAAGCAUCAGGCAGCAACAGGAACAAAGCAUCAGGCAGCAAGGAACAAAGCAUCAGGCAGCAACGGGAACAAAAGCAUCAGGCAGCAACAGGAACAAAGCAUCAGGCAGCAACAGGAACAAAGCAUCAGGCAGCACAGGAUCAUCAGGCAGCAACAGGAACAAAGCAUCAGGCAGCAAGGAACAAAGCAUCAGGCAGCAACGGGAACAAAGCAACAGGCAGCAACAGGAACAGCAUCAGGCAGCAACGGGAACAAAGCAUCAGGCAGCAACGGGAACAAAGCAUCAGGCAGCAACAGGAACAAACCAUCAGGCAGCAACAGGAACAAAGCAACAGGCAGCAGCAGGAACAAAGCAUCAGGACAACAGGAACAAAGCAUCAGGCAGCAGCAGGAACAAAGCAUCAGGGCAACAACAGGAACAAAGCAUCAGGCGGCAACAGGAACAAAGCAUCAGCAACAACAGGAACAAAGCAUCAGGCAGCAACAGGAACAAAGCAUCAGGCAGCAACAGGAACAAAAGCAUCAGGAACAAAGCAUCAGGCAGCAACAGGAACAAAGCAUCAGGCAGCAACAGGAACAAAGCAUCAGGCAGCAACAGGAACAAAGCAUCAGGCAACAACAGAACAAAGCAUCAGGCAGCAGCAGGAACAAAUAGCAAGCAGCAAGCAGACAAAGCAUCAGGUAGCAGCAGAACAAAGCAUCAGGGUAGCAGCAGGAACAAAGCAUCAGGCAACAACAGGAACAAAGCAUCAGCAGCAGGAACAAAGUAUCAGCAACAGGAACAAAGCAUCAGGCAACAACAGCAUCAGGCAACAACAGGAACAAACAUCAGGCAACAACAGGAACAAAGCACAACAAAGCAUCAGGCAACAACAGGAACAAAGCAUCCAGGCAGCAACAGGAACAAAGCAUCAGGCAACAACAGGAACAAAGCAUACAAAGCAGGCAGCAACAACAGGAACAAAGCAUCAGACAAAGCAUCAGCAACAACAGGAACAAAGCAUCAGGCAGCAACAGGAACAAUGCAUCAGGCAACAACAGGAACAAAGCGUCAGGCAACAACAGGAACAAAGCAUGAGGCAGCAACAGGAACACAACAUCAAGCAGCAACAGGAACACAGCAUCAGGAACAAAACAUCAGGUAGCAGCAGGAACAAAGCAUCAGGCAGCAACAGGAACAAAGCAUCAGGCAGCAACAGGAACAAAGCAUCAGGCAGCAACAGGAACAAAGCAUUAGGCAGCAACAGGAACAAAGCAUCAGGCAACAACAGGAACAAAGCAUCAGGCAACAACAGGAACAAAGCAUCAGGCAACAACAGGAACAAAGCAUCAGGCAACAACGUGGGUGUAGGAGAGACAGACACAUCACAGUGGAGGUGGUCGGCCAUCACAGUCUUCAAGAGAUACGCGUCAUCCUUCAGGAGCUUGAGAGAAAAGUUAGCGUUUAUGAGGAAGUUUAUGACAUAA